GCCUCGGAGUGUCCCCGCUCUCCGCCGGCGCGGCGAGAGUCGCUGUGGCGCCAGCGGCCGCGGCGGCUGCCUGCCCUCUCGCGGGCCGCGAGGGCGUGUCGGCGCUGGAGUGCUUCUUCCAGGACCUCGUCGACGAGGUGAAGCUGGAGAGCAGGGUGGCCACCUCGGACCCGAAGCUGGGCGCCGAGGGCACGUACGGGGAGAUCACGCCCGCCGGGGUCCGGACCAUUCUGCAGGCGCUCGCCGUGGCCGAGGGGGACGGCUUCUACGACCUCGGCUCGGGGUUCGGCAAGGUGGUGCUGCAGGCCCUGCUGACCACCGGCUGCAGCCGGGCAGUGGGCGUAGAGCUGUCCGAGGACCGCCAUAGGAGCGCCGAGCUGGCGGGCGGGAAGGUGGUGUCGCUGUUCUCGCACGGCGACGGCGCGCUCGGCGAGGCGCUUGCCUCGCGGCUGGAGUUCCGCCACGGGGACGCCACGAAGACGGCGCUCGACGACGCCACCGUCGUGUUCAUGUGCUCCCUCUGUUUCCCAGCCUUCGUCAUGGAGGGGAUCGCGCAGCACCUCCUGGCCGCAGCGGCUCCCGGCGUGGUCGUCCUGACGCUGAAGCCGUUCCAGGGCUGCCACCCCGGAUUGGUGCUGAUAGGCCGAUGGGACUCCGCACAAGCCGCCUUCAUGGCCUUCGGGUGCGGUCUGACACCCUUUGGCGGCGAGCAGAAGGGGGCGCUGCAGCGCGCCCUGGACCAGCUGGCGCCCGGGGCGGCGAGCCCGGCGCUGGUCCGCCGCUUCGCGCGCGUCGCCGCCGCCCGGGCCCUCCAGCGGGAGCGCGCGCGCGCCCUCGCCGCGGACGCGCCCGCGUGGGCCGGCGAGCAGAGCGCCGUCAACGCGACGGAGGCCGCUCACUGGAUCUUCUCGCGCGCGCGCGGGGACGACGACACAGCGCUCGACUGCGUGCUGGUGGACCUGUGGCCGCGGCCGCUGCCGAAGCUGCGGCCCGAGGAGGAGCGCCUGGCCUUCGGGCGGCUGAGCGCCCAGGCGCAGGUGACGCCCCCGCUCUUCGGCGCGGUGCUGGGCCUGCUGGAACCUCCUCUAGGCCCCGCCGACGUGCUGGUGGAAGCGUCCUCCGGCGCGGGGCAGCUGGUCGUGCAGGCGAGGCUCACCACCGGCGUGGGCGCGGGGGCACGGCCGUCGUCCGGGAACCCCUUCCUUCGUUAUCUGACCAGCCUCGCCAAGAAGAAGGCGGAUGCCAGCACCUGCGCGGCGGACGGCGAGGGCUGCCUCGAGUCCAUGUGCUGCCAGGACAGCUCGCAGCAGUGCUUCCGCAAGAACAGCUCGGCUGGGCCGCGUGCCGCGCGAGCUGCUCGCCGGGGCUCGACGCGAGCGACCCCACGGGGGAGCCGUGGUCCUGCGAGCCGCUGGGCGCGGCGGGCGCGUGGGGCUACGCCGAGGGGCGCGCCAAGAAGGUGCUGGACAACCUGA